GUGUGUCUCCAUGGCUCGAACUAAGCAGACGGCUCGCAAGUCUACCGGCGGCAAGGCCCCGCGCAAGCAGCUGGCCACCAAGGCCGCCCGCAAGAGCGCGCCGGCCACUGGCGGCGUGAAGAAGCCGCACCGCUACCGGCCGGGCACCGUGGCGCUGCGCGAGAUCCGGCGCUACCAGAAGUCCACCGAGCUGCUGAUUCGCAAGCUGCCGUUCCAGCGCCUGGUGCGCGAGAUCGCGCAGGACUUCAAGACCGACCUGCGCUUCCAGAGCUCGGCCGUGAUGGCACUGCAGGAGGCCUGCGAGGCCUACCUGGUGGGGCUGUUCGAGGACACCAACCUGUGCGCCAUCCACGCCAAGCGCGUCACCAUCAUGCCCAAGGACAUACAGCUGGCGCGCCGCAUCCGCGGGGAGAGGGCGUAAAUUAUCCUGAUGUCAUGCCUCAUUUUGUAGGCCAAGCUGGCCUGAAACUUAAGACAAGAAUCCUCUUGCCCCAGUCCCCCAAGACCUCCCAAGUCCUGGUAUGGUUUAUUAUAAGAUCUCUUGUGAGUUUUCAAUUAUGUUUUGGGAAAGAAACCUGGAGGAAAUCCGUGUGAAAUAAAUCAAAAUGUGGCAGGAAGGUAGCCAUGAUUUUAAAGUUUGUGAAAUGCAUACGUUCUCUUUUCUACAAAAUAUUUAAAUGGUGAAGAAAAAUUCCAAUCUUGAGGAAUAAAAAUAAGCUGAAGUCUAUCUAGGUUUGGCUGCUUUGCCUACCCUUUCCAGAGCUCCUUAAUAGGUCACAUAGUAUGUCGGUCACUCUCGCUUCUGAAGAGGUCAAGCAAUAUGUUGUCCACUUUAGGUUACUGUACAGAGCUUUUCACUGGCAAGAAAGACUUUGUAUGUUUGUUCUGAGGCAAAGUCUCAUGUAGUUCAAUGUUCCAGGUUGCACUCAACUGGAUGUGUAGCUGAGAAAAUUCUUGAAAUCCUAAACUUGCCUCCAUUGCCUAAUUAGUUAGGAUUACGGGUGUGGCCCCACCAAGCCUAGUUCAAGAAAGGCUUGUCAAAAGAACAUUUUAAUUUUUUUCUCAAAAAGAACAGCUUUGUGGUUUGUUUUAUUAUACAUCUGAAUAAAUCUCAUGAUCUGCAUUAUCAUGCUGGUACAAAAAUACUGUACAUUUUCCCCUCCACAGCAAGCCUCAACUUCUCUCCAUAAUAAAGUUCAUCUCCCCUCCACAGCAAGCCUUAUCACCUCCCAUUCUAAUCUCUUUGCCUUAUUUAUGUUCUUAAAUUCUUUCGAACCUCUAUAACCUUCAGUCUUCAAUACAGAAAUCAACUUCAAAGUCAAUAUCCAACUAUUCUAACAUAUUGGUCUGUCUGCAUCCAAAGUGCAACAAUACCUAUACUGGUACAUCUUGAUGGCUGACCUAAGACCAUGCACCAUGGUGCUGAUUGCUAAGUGUUCGUGGAGUGCUUUGAAAACUUUACUAGUCAUCUCAACAAGGAGUGCCUUUGAGGACUGAAUGAAGAGUCUGGAUAAUUUUCUGUAUGUUUUAUAAAUUUUCUAAAGCAAAUUAUCUACAUUAAGUGUCUUUCUGUCUCUAAAUCUGCCCAGGAAAU